AUGCACAAGGCGGUCUAUGCUGCAGAACAGAUUAUGGGACCUGGCCGCAGGCUCUACCACAAGCCUCUAGAACACGACCAGGAGCCCUACUGCAAGAACUGUCACAUGAAGCUCUUCGGAACGCGCACCCUCGGAAUGCAGAACCUCCCCAAUCGCGACGAGGUCCCACUCACCUCCCCACCCAUCUCACCCACCCGCGGUGGAUUCUCGCCCACGCGCCCCGGCUUCUCGCCUACGCGCGCUGCGUCCCCGCCCGCGCGCUCCCCCGUCGCUCCUCCCCUGCCCGCCCGGCGGCACGCCACUGGGGGAGGGUCCCUCAGCGACCGCUCUGCCUUCCCUACGCCGUCCUCAGUCCCGCCCGUUCUCAGGCCUACCAGAGCCCUCAGCCCCACCCGCACGCCCACGUACCGCUCGCCCGCGCUCGAAGGCGUCGUGGACGUCGACGAAGAGGAUACCCAGACGGCGCAGGAUGGCGUUGGGGCGGAGGAACGGCAGGCAAGCUACGCAGGCUCGACGGCGACGCACACGGGUCGUGGCCAGGGCGGGCUCCCGCGCACGCGUCGCAAAUGGGUCAUGCCCGAUAUCGACGGUGAGCCCGCAAGCAUCGGUGUCGCAUCGCCUGCGGGGAGAGCUCGAUCUCCCGAUACGGUGCCCCGGAUGACAGGCACGGUCCCCCUCGUGCCGACGAGCACAGGGACGCGCUACGGGAUGGCGCUCGGCGGCCGGAUGGCACCGACGAUGACCGGGGCAGGGGCGGGGACAGGGCGGCCGUGGGGGCUCGGGGGGAGCAACCCGCUCUGCGGCAAGUGCGGCAAGACGGUGUACUUCGCGGAGCAGGUGCGGGCGAUCGGGAAGACGUACCAUAAGGGCUGCCUGCGGUGCUCGGAGUGCAACACCCACCUGGACUCGACGCGCCUCACGGAGCGCGACGGGAACCCGUAUUGCAUCGGUGCUACUCGAAGGGGAGUGGGUAUGCCUUGCUGGGCAAGGCGGGCGGGUAAGAGCUCCUUCAUCAGGACGGACCCUUUCAUGUAG